GAUUACAAGGUCAAGUCAAGUCUUGCGGAUAUAAACAACCCGGUUGGCUAUCGUAAAACACUAAUGCGCUUCACACAUGCCGCAUGUUUGUCGUUUUAAACUCUCCGUGUUUGGAUAAAAAGGCAUUUUGACUCCUAAAACGAGGAUAUUUUGGUCGGGAUGCUACGUGUUGCGCAGUUGUUGAGGAAAGCUGACCGCUGGUGUCGUAGUUUGCCUGACCUUCUCCAUUCUGCAGAGCUCCCAGCUCCCCUCCCAGCAAUAUAAACAUGGCCGUUGAGUCCUCAGCAGCAUCAGGUACUUCAGUGUUUGGCUGAAUUAAUCAGACUCUGAGGAAGUCACUGUCGGCAGCUGUUACAGUAACAGGUGGAAAUGUAGGCCUGUCGGAAGAGGCGACUCAGUUAAGUAGCUAGCUCUCCGUGGUUUAGUUUCUCCCGGCGGUACGGCGCUGUUUUAAAGUUCAUCUAAUGACUUUAUGCUAGCUCGCUAGCUAGCCACCACAUUAGCUACCAUCGACGUCUUAACGCAAAGCCCUCACAACUUUUGCUGCCAGCUAGCGCAACCUGCUACUUGUGUGCUGUUCGAGAUGGAGGAGUCCCGUCGCCCACCGAGCCUGUCCUGAUGAAUAUUUUACACGCGGAUAUCUUUAUUUGACCCAGCUAAGUUGGGACGUUGACAUAAAACUUUGUUCAAGUCUUCUUUUACGUUGUAUUUUUCCACUGGCAGCAACAAGCGCUCGCCAGGCGUCUGUCUAAAAUAGCACUCAGAGGGCUAACGUGAAGGAUGUUUUCUGUGAAACCCCUGAAACCAACCUUCAAGUCUUACCUUCCACCUGUACAGACUGAUGUGAAGAAAAAUAUUCCACUACCUAUCAAAAAGCUGGAGGCAAAGUUACUUCCAGGGGAGAUUGUAGUAAAUGAAGUGAACUUUGUGAGGAAAUGCAUCAGUGCUGAAAGCAGCCAAGAUGACCUUUGGGGGAAGCUGAUAUGCACCAACUUUAAGGUCUCCUUCAUCUCUCAUGAUGCUCUACCGAAACAGAGGUCCCAGGUUUCCCACCUUCUUCUGGGAGAACAUGAUAUCCCGUUGACCUGUUUGGAGCAAGUAGUAACAGUAAAUGAUACGAAGGGGAAGAAGAAAGUGCUGAGCUCAAACCAGAAGCUGAAGUUCAACCCCACUGAACUCAUCCUGUACUGCAAAGACUUUCGCAUCAUACGGUUCUGUUUUGAUGAAGCUGGGCCUGAGAGUGCCAAAAAGGUGUGCCUUGCUAUUGCCCACUACUCCCACCCUGCUGAUCCUCAACUGCUGUUUGGCUUUGAAUAUCGAGGGAGGCAGUACCAUGGAUCUUCUGGGGAGCAAAGUAAUGGUACCACCCUGGGAAGAGGUUUUCAGACCCCACUUUUUGACCGUCCAUCUGAGUGGGAUCGAGAGAUCAAGAGGACGGGGGCUGCAGAGUGGAGGGUGUGCUCCAUAAAUGAGGGUUAUGCCAUCUCACCAAGUCUUCCAGAGUACUUUGUGGUUCCAGUUUCCUUGGCGGAUCAGGAUCUGAAGCAGUACUCGGAUUCCUUCACUGACAAGCGCAUCCCUAUGUGGUGCUGGAAUCACCCUAAUGGGAGUGCUCUUGUCCGUAUGGCCAGCAUCACCGAUCAGUUGCAGCAGCGGAAGAUUGACCAGAGAAUCUGCACUGGCAUCACAAAAAGCCACCCACAGCGCAGCGACGUCCUCAGGUCAGAUCUGGACAAGGCUCUGCCCAACAUCCAGGAAAUCCAGAGUGCCUUUGUAAAAGUGAGGCAGAUCUGUGUCAUAGAUCCUUUUGAGGAGUCGGAGGAGAAGUGGCUUUCAUCCAUUGAAAGUUCGCAGUGGCUGGAGUAUGUCAGGGUCUUCCUGAAACAUUCUGCUGAGAUAGUCUACUUGCUGGAAGGAAAAAAUGCCUCAGUCAUUCUCCAAGAGGAGGGAGACAGAGACCUGAACUGUGUAGUGUCCUCCCUGGUGCAGCUGAUGUUGGACCCUCACUAUCGCAGCCUCAUUGGCUUUCAGAGCUUGGUGCAAAAGGAGUGGGUGAUGGCUGGCCAUCGCUUUUUGGACAGAUGCAACCACUUAAAGAAGAAUGACAAAGAGGAGUCUCCACUGUUCAUGCUUUUCCUGGAUUGCGUGUGGCAGAUGAUGAAUCAGUACCCAGCAGCGUUUGAAUUCACAGAGACCUAUCUAACUGUGCUGAGUGAUAGCAUGUGGAUCCCGGUCUUCAGUACCUUCCUCUUCAAUUGUCCCCAACAACAUGCAGAGCACUUAAUGGACUUCACCAAGAGUAAGCGCAUCCCUUUAGGAGAGGAGAAGGUCCUGCAUUUCCCUCCUGUUUGGGACUGGUCACAGCAGUUCUCCCUCAAAGACCAAACCCUCUUUAACAACCCCAUGUAUGUUGGCAAGGGAGCCUCCUGUGUUCAGAAUGGAACAGUAAAAACCUUCAGACGCACAAAGCAUAAAACCUACAGCUCCACACUGCGGGGAGUGCCCUCGGCUCUGCGAAACGGAUUGAAGGAUGGUCAUGACACGCUGACCCGGCGCAACUCCCUGUUGGCUCAGCUGAGGCCUGAUUUCUCCCAAAUGCGAGAGGUGGUGGAGAGCCCAUCAGAGCGCUUCUUCAGGGACUGGUUCUCUCGACCCGCCGACCAGAAGGGCCUCCUCAUUCCUCAGCUCCUGCCCUCACACGUGACUCUGUGGAGGCUCUACUUUUUACGCUGGGUCCCUGAAGCCUGCAUUCUGAAAGGAGGCCCCGUCACAGCCUAUCAGAAGCUUUCCCAGCUGGUUGAUGAAAUUGAGAUGCUGCAAAGUAAGCUCAGGCAGUAUAAGGGGCCCACUCCAGCCAGCACCCCAAUCUCAAGCCCAAGUGGGCCCCCUUCAGACCAAAGGAGGAUGUAUUUUCAGGCCAGAACCCCAGAUGAAACACCUGCAACACCAGAAUACCUUAGCUCCUCCUUUCCUUUCACCCCAGUGGGAAACUUGUGCCGCCGCAAUGUUCAUGGCACUCCCAUCAGCAAAUUUCUUAAUGGUGCCAAAAUCUGGCUCUCCACAGAGACCCUAGCUAAUGAGACUCUCUGAGCAAGUGUGUCUUUAGGGCUCACUUUUCUGAGUCCAGCACAGGUUUGUGUAACAUUUAACAGUCCAAUUUUCUAAAAACCUCUUUCUAAAGUAGCAAGUUUGAAUUUAAUUUAAUGUUGCAAUUUUUCAGUUAUUUUUCUCUGAGAUGAAUGGAUCAUUUAAAUUUUGGACUCUUAUUAUUCAUAAGCUACAAGUGGCACUGUUGGUGCUGCAUGUAAAACGGGGGUAAUUUUUAAAUGAAAGUGUCACUUGUUAGAUCCAAUCUUUGUACUCCAUUACAGUGGAGGAGUUCUGAUUUAUUGAAGCUUGUCCUCCGAUCAGCCACUGACAUUUUACGGUGUCACUGCUGGUUUCCCAACAAUUUUAGGAGACAUGACUGGAUGUGAUUGAAAAUUGUUUUAGAGAAGUGUAUCCUCUGAUUGUGAAAGAUUAUUACUCAUCAUACAUCACUUUGGUAGUUGUUUCUCUUUUCUGUGUGAGUUGAGGUCUCUCUCAGCUUGUAGAAACAUUAAUUUCACUCCUUGCUGAGGUUGCUGUGCUACCCACAUAAAAUAUUUGGUUGUUGAAACUGGUUUAAUGGCAAGGAUAAUAUAUCAGUAGUGAUGCAAUGAAAUCCUCACAGACCUACAAGAAAGAAGUCCUUGAAUUUACCAAAAGGCUAUAGUAUGGAUAAACAGGUUAUCUGUUGGAAAUCUACUAAAAGACAAAACCAGCAACAUGGGGAUGUUGAAAUAGCAAAGAUUGCAUAUGAAGUUGCUAGUGCUUUGCAAAAAACUUUCAAAAUUGAUUUAUAUCACAUCUUAAUAAUUUGCUUUGAAGAAGUUUGCAAUCCAGAAAAAAUAACAUAUAGUACAUGACAUGAGAUUUAAGUGAUAUCUAGAAUGUGCAUCCAUUUGUGAUUAAUUACACUUAAUGUUAGUGUUUCAUCUGUCCUCUCUUUGAAUGUUCAUAAAUCAGGACUUCCCUGCUGUAAUGGAGUUUGAUCUGACCCAGUGAUGCUCGGAAAUUGUAAAAUCCCAUUUUUCAUUUGCAACAGUGAAAUGUGUUUUUUUUGUUUGUUUGUUUUGUUUUGUUUUAAACUGAAUUCACAAUUCCCCUAGGAAAAUAAUUGAAGGUGGAAUAUUUAAUCUUAUUUCAUUUUGUUUUAUUUCAGAAAGAGGAGCAGAAAAUAGCACUGAUAUUUAUGGUAAAAACAACCCAUGAAAACGUUUUGAACCUGGCCUGAUUGAAUGUAAUGGUUUUUCAUUUUUUGCACAAACUUAAUGCUAUUUGCUCAAAGUACCCAUGUCUUCAGGGUUGUGCCAGGGUUUUGCUCUGUAGGUAGCAAAUAGUCUGAUUUCAGGGUCUUAGUUUCUAGGUUUAAUGUAUUUUUGAAGUAGAGAUAAGGGCCUAUAUUUUUAGUAAUGUAAUGCAGGUGAUGCUUUGAGGGAAAAAUGGAGCUGUGAGAUCUCAAAUCUGUGGUAGAUAUUUCCUUCUUAAUUGUUUUGAAAUGUUUCCUUAAAACAAAAUUGAACUUUGGUAGAGUGUUGGGUUGUAUAGUCACCUGGCUGUGAAAUGAGUCCACAUGGUGAAAUGUCCUCAUUAGUUGCUCCCUGGACUGGAAAUGAUCCAGAAAACUGUACUUUGUGUCUCCAUUCACUUUUAUAGCACAGCAAAACACAUCCCAAAGUAACACUUACAGCACAUAAACCAACUCAAACAAAGCAGAUUAUGCCAGUAUAAAAAAGUCCCAGUGCCCAUUUUUGCUGUGUAAUUACUAUAAUGUAAUUAUUUGUGAAAGAACUUUCAGUUUGUUUCUUCCUUGUGCGAGGUUACUAUGUGGGAGUUUCCUGCUGACACUACCGCUGAUCUACUUUUCCCUUCAGAAACACAAGAAAAGAGCUGUUUCGUUUCCUGAAAAAACAGGAACUGGCACUUUUUUUUUUUUUUUAAAUACUGGCAUAAUCCACUGUUUGCAUUCAUUUAUGCACUAAAAGUGUUAUUUUGGGAGAUGUUUGGCACACUAUGGAAAACAGGAAUUAUACAACACGAUGCUCUAUCUAAGUUCAGUUUUGCUUUAAACUUUUAUAAAGGCCUUCUGGUAAGGUACUGCAGGUAAUCUAUUCAGAUGAAUAGUAGCUAAAUGAAUGAAUAAUUGAAAGCAAAGGGACAGACAGAAGGAAAUGGUCAUCAGUCAUCCAGUACACCUUCAAAAUUGCCAGGGAGCUGGCACUGUGUAAUGUGAUAACUUGAAGUUUCCUAUAAUUCAGCAUUUAUUAUUAAACCUCUUUGUUCUCAUUGUCAAAUAUUGGAACAGUGAACAGGCUGGAUACCUGUCUUAUCAUUACACAGACUCACUGAUCUUUAGAUGUUGGACUAAGCAAUUUCCAACAACAUUCAAGCAAAUUGCUGAUUGAUUGGCCACAAGUUUGGUUGUGAUGUCCAACAAGUAGAGAAGUGUAUGACAUGAGAGCAGAAUCCGCUCCCCCACCUGUUAUUAUUGCACAUUUAACUCAAUUCUGAAAAUUUACUGCAGGUUAGUCUGUCUCAAGAUGGUAUUUUGGCAAAUAUUAUAAAUUUAUGCUUGAAUCCUUUAAAUGUACUUAAUAUUUUUGAUUAACGGUACUGAAUAUCUUUUCACCCAUGAUUUAGUUUUGUAUUUUAUGGAGAACUAUUUAUAUGCCGUGUUUACCACUAAUUCACAUUGUUGCACUCUGCUGUAAUUGCAUGAUGACUGUGCUUCAGAUAUGGCAUAGUUUGAAGUUGAUGAGCAGCAGAUGUAUUUAUUCAGUUAUACAAAUGUUUUAUAACAGGGAUAAAGUACAUCCUCUGUGCCUUUUUGGGAAUAGGAUCUUUAACUGUAUUCUUAAUAUGUUCACUCUAUUCAUUCUGUCAUUAGUUAUACUCAGGUGCAGCACUGAGGCUGUAUCUUCUCACAGAAAUAAGGCUUAAAUACCAAUAACUAUUAAUUAUAUUUGUUCAUUCAAAUGA